GGCCCAUGGCCCUUGCCCAUCGGUGCCGACAAAGCGACGAGAUUCUCCUCCCAAAGCCGCAUCACACGGCGAGCGCCGCCUGCGACCCUUGCGCCGGCGAUGGAGGAGGUGGGAGUGGAGGUGCCUCUCCCGAGGGACAAGCUAUCCAUUGAACCGAGAAGUGACGGAGGAACCCAGGGCGGCGUCGUGCUCGUGGCCACCGGGAGCUUCAAUCCUCCCACAUACAUGCACCUGCGCAUGUUUGAACUGGCAAAGGAUGAACUUCAGCAGCGAGGGUAUCAUGUGUUAGGUGGCUACAUCUCUCCAGUGAAUGAUGCGUAUAAGAAGAAGGACCUCUUACCGGCUGCUCACCGGGUUCGUUUUUGUGAACUUGCGUGCAAAAGCUCAUCUUUCGUGAUGGUUGAUCCUUGGGAGGCCAUGCAGAAAGGUUAUCAGCGCACUUUAACUGUCCUCUCGAGAAUUCGGAACUCUUUGUGCAAGGAUGGUUUAGCCGAUCAAAGUAUAUAUAGCAGCCUGAAGGUAAUGCUUUUAUGUGGUUCUGACUUGCUUGAGUCAUUCAGCACUCCGGGAGUUUGGAUCCCAGAACAGGUCAGAACUAUAUGCAGGGACUUCGGUGUCAUAUGUAUACACAGGGAAGGAAAAGAUAUUGGCAAUUUGAUAGCCGGAAGUGAUAUACUGCAAGAAUACAAGGAUAACAUCAUUCCGGUCGAUGAGAUUGUGCCAAAUCAAAUCAGUUCAUCCAGAGUAAGAGACUGCAUAAGAAGAUGCCUGUCAAUAAAGUAUCUUACUUGUGAUGAAGUAAUUGAGUACAUUACAGAACACAAGUUGUUUACAGAAGCUGAAGGCAGUCACACACCCUUGUGAUGAUAGUGGUGUUUGGAGGUUUUUACUAUCAUGUGGUUAUAUGACUUCUUCGUAAUCAACAUGUAUGGGCUGUGGAUGGCUAGCUCCAGAUAACAUCUGGAUCAGGCAUGUUGAGAAGUUGUGGAAAUUUCAUUUGAAAUAAAAAAAUAAAAGGGGUUACGGACAAAGUCCAUGAAAUAAAAGGGACUGACCACUUAAAUCAAAUGUUACUUUGUGGAAUUUUAGAGAGUUUGCAUCUUUUUUAGUUUGGGUUAAAUAGAAAAUAUUCAGAAGCAAGUGUUAUAUAUUGAUGGCAUUCUCAUUCACGACAAUAUGAUGCUCACUUUUACUUAUCAGCCAGUGCCAUAUGAUGUUCCAAAUACCAAUCAUUGUGAACUAGGGAUUAUGGAUAUAAUAUCAUGUACUGGCUGAUAAAUCAAAUAUGUCUCGGUUUGCACA